CACUCAUGCCUUUGUGCUUCAUUAGACAUUGAGCAGUCAGCAGCCCAAACAGCAGCUCCAGGCUGGAUCUAGGCUGGGGAUGUGAACAGGGAGCCGGUGGGCCAGGCCACGGUGUUAAGGAUGCUGUAAAGCCAGCUGGGGACCGAUCUGGACAAUCCCUGAGCUUCCCAUGCCUUUAAGUCCUCCAAGAGCCUGAGCAUGAACUCUCCUUCAGAAUCAAGAGUCCCUUCAAGCUUAACUCAGGAUCCCAGCUUUACCGCCAGCCCUGCCCUCCUACAAGGCAUUUGGAACAGCACUCAGAACAUCUCCGUCAGAGUCCAGCUUCUAUCCGUUAGCCCCACGACACCUGGGCUUCAGGCUGCUGCCUGGGUCCCCUUCCCCACAGUCGACGUCCCAGAUCAUGCUCACUAUACCCUAGGCACGGUGAUCCUGCUGGUGGGACUCACAGGGAUGCUGGGUAACCUGACAGUCAUCUACACCUUCUGCAGGAAUAGAGGCCUGCGGACACCGGCAAACAUGCUCAUCAUCAACCUGGCAGUCAGCGACUUCCUUAUGUCGUUCACUCAGGCCCCGGUCUUCUUUGCCAGCAGCCUCUACAAGAAGUGGCUCUUCGGGGAGACAGGUUGCAAGUUCUAUGCCUUCUGUGGGGCUGUCUUUGGCAUCGUUUCCAUGAUCACCCUGACAGCCAUAGCCAUGGACCGCUAUCUGGUGAUCACACGUCCACUGGCCACCAUCGGCAUGAGAUCCAAGAGACGGACGGCACUAGUCCUGCUAGGUGUCUGGCUCUAUGCCCUGGCCUGGAGUCUGCCGCCUUUCUUUGGCUGGAGCGCCUACGUGCCCGAGGGGCUGCUGACAUCCUGCUCCUGGGACUACGUGACCUUCACGCCCCUCGUGCGCGCCUACACCAUGCUGCUCUUCUGCUUUGUCUUCUUCCUCCCUCUGCUCAUUAUCAUCUUCUGCUACAUCUUCAUCUUCAGGGCCAUUCGAGAGACAGGCCGGGCCUGUGAGGGCUGUGGUGAGUCCCCUCUGCGGCGGCGGCAGUGGCAGCGGCUACAGAGUGAAUGGAAGAUGGCCAAGGUCGCACUGAUCGUCAUUCUCCUCUUUGUGCUGUCCUGGGCUCCCUACUCCACUGUGGCCCUGGUGGGCUUUGCUGGGUACUCGCACAUCCUGACGCCCUACAUGAGCUCGGUGCCAGCCGUCAUUGCCAAGGCCUCGGCCAUCCACAAUCCUAUCAUCUAUGCCAUCACUCACCCCAAGUACAGGGCGGCCAUUGCUCAGCACUUGCCUUGCCUUGGGGUGCUUCUUGGAGUAUCAGGCCAGCGCAGCCACCCCUCCCUCAGCUACCGCUCUACCCAUCGCUCCACACUGAGCAGCCAGUCCUCAGACCUCAGCUGGAUCUCUGGGCAGAAGCGCCAAGAGUCCCUGGGUUCUGAGAGUGAAGUGGGCUGGACAGACACAGAAACAACAGCUGCGUGGGGAGCUGCCCAGCAAGCAAGUGGACAAUCCUUCUGCAGUCAUGACCUGGAAGAUGGAGAAGUCAAGGCUCCUUCCAGCCCCCAGGAACAGAAAUCCAAGACUCCCAAGACCAAGAGACACCUCCCCAGUCUGGACCGAAGGAUGUAGGAUGCCCAGUCCCGUCCCCUCCCUAUCACAUGCACAGACCCGGGAUUAUCUCACAAGCCUGGAAGCUUUGAAGGUGUUCCUGUCACUCGUGCUACACUGGACACACUCUCCAGCUCCUUUCCACACCAUGAAGCACCGUCGCCGCUUCUCAGCUCGGCAGCCACACCUGGGCUCCGCCUGAAGCAUGAACCCAGGUUUUCCUUUCCAGCUUCGCUUCCAGCAGCUGUCGCCUCUCCUCAGACGCUGUAUGCCGCGAUUGUCCAGGCAAGGACAAUGGCGAUGGCGCUGGGGAACACGUCAUUUAUUUAUGAGCCAAGCAUCUUAGCCAGCCUUUGCAACCAGGCCGGACAUCUCAUUGGUUCAGAAAGUUCUUUCCUGCGUCUCCUGCUGCCAGUGCUCAAAAGCUGAAGACAGACUCUGCUUUGUGCACCAGGAAUACUUUGGCUCUAGCUCCCCCAUAGCAUUCACGGUGUGGCCCACACUCAUAUGUUCGCGGGCACCGGCAGGCACAUAGGUACCUAUUUGCAUGCACAGCCAGCACAUGUGUGCGCACCCUGCACGUACUGUUUCGUGUCAGUGGUCUAAGUUCCUUCCAGAUGUGGAUCUGACAAGGCACGGGAAAAUAAAAAAAAAAA